UCCGGCGGCGCUGGGUAGCGUCUUCCGGCCGUGCACGAGGGUGGUCCGGCCGGCCACCGGGACAUGAAGGCCCCGGACCCCGCGGUUGGACCCCCGCUGUGACCUGCCCGCCAUGAAGGCUCUCCUCCACGUGCUCUGCCUCGCUCUGGCCUGCGGCUCUGCUCACGCCACCCUGUCGAAGUCGGAUGCCAAAAAGUCCGCCUCCAAGACGCUGCUGGAGAAGACCCAGCUCUCGGAGAGGCCUGUGCAGGAGCGGGGCCUGGUGGUGACGGACCUCCGAGCUGAGGACGUGGUGCUUGAGCAUCGCAGCUACUGCCCCGCGAAGGCCCGGGAGCGGCACUUUGCAGGGGACGUCCUGGGCUACGUCACCCCAUGGAACAGCCACGGGUACGACGUCGCCAAGGUCUUCGGGGGCAAGUUCACGCAGAUCUCGCCCGUGUGGCUGCAGCUGAAGAGGCGCGGCCGUGAGAUGUAUGAGAUCACAGGCCUCCACGACGUGGACCAAGGGUGGAUGCGUGUGGUCAGAAAGCAGGCCAAGGGCCUGCGUAUAGUGCCCCGGCUCCUGUUUGAGGACUGGACCCGCGAGGACUUCCGGAGCGUCUGGGACAGCGAGGACGAGAUAGAAGAGCUCGGCAAGACCCUGGUCCAGAUCGCCAAGAGCCAGCACUUCGACGGCUUCGUGGUGGAGGCCUGGAGCCAGCUGCCGAGCCAGGAGCACAGGGGCCUCGUCCACAUGCUCACCCACGUGGCCGAGGCGCUGCACCAGGCCCGGCUGCUGGUCAUCCUGGUCAUCCCACCGGCUGUCACCCCCGGGGCCGACCAGCUGGGCAUGUUCACGCAGAAGGAGCUGGAGCAGCUGGGCCCCGUGCUGGACGGCUUCAGCCUCAUGACCUACGACUACCCCACCGCGCAGCAGCCUGGCCCCAACGCGCCGCUGCCCUGGGUGCGAGCCUGUGUCCAGGCCCUGGACCCCAAAUCUAGGUGGCGGAGCAAGAUCCUCCUGGGGCUCAACUUCUACGGCGCAGACUACGCAGCCUCUCGGGACGCCCGUGAGCCCGUCAUUGGGGCCAGGUACAUCCAGACGCUGAAGGAGCACAGACCCCGGAUCGUAUGGGACAGCCAGGCCGCGGAGCACUUUUUCGAAUACAAGAAAAGCCGAGGAGGGCGGCACGUCAUCUUCUACCCGACUCUGAAGUCCGUGCAGGUGCGGCUGGAGCUGGCCCGGGAGCUGGGCGUCGGGCUGGCCAUCUGGGAGCUGGGCCAGGGCCUGGACUACUUCUACGACCUGCUCUAGGCCCAGUGCUGGGCGGCGCGAUCUCGGAGGGACGGGGACCGUGGGCGUGUGAAAU